GGGGUGGGGUGGGGGCAGCUUCUGGCCUCUCCUAGCGGGCUGGCCACACUGCUUCUGCUGAGAGGGCUUUGCCCCCCACGCGCACCUGGGACCAGGCUCCGUAAAGACGCCGCAAGUCAGGCGAGUUGCCCCAGCCACAGGAGAAACAGUUAGGGGUUCCCAGGCCCCCGCAGCAAGGCUGGCUUCACCACAGCUCACGCAGGGAAAGGGGAGCAGCCUCGUGGGCUCCUUGAGGUGCUUAAGGCACAGGGGUCAGCCGAGGCCUGGUCCUCUGACCCUGGGUCCGACCGCCGCCGGCUUCAGGAUGGCCCCUGCUCUGUGUUCACACUCCACGGACCGGGGCCUCCUCCCGGCCCCGCACAGCCAGGCCGCCUGGCCUGACGUGAGUGAGCGUGACCCUGGCUGGGGCCUGGGUGCCAGGAUAGGGGCAUCAGGGCACACGUGGCCACUCCCCGGCCCCACGUCCCCUGGGUGCCACCUUCCCCGCCCCGGCCACCCUGGGGCAGGUGCAGGUCCUGGGCUGCCGGCUGCAGCCCGGGGAUGGCUGAGGGGGACGGCACGCGACUCCAGCUCCAGGCUGCCGGAGUUGGGGGGCCUUGCUGGGCUCCUGGCACCAGGAAUCAGAGAAGCAGUAACUGGAUCUGGCGGGGGUUCUGGCGGCCGCCGGGGCGGAGGGCUGCGAUCGGGUUGCGGCCUCGCUGAGUUUUCCACCAGGCAGCUUUCUCGACGUUGGGAAGGAGCUGGGCUGGUGAGUCCGUGCACUGGGUCUGGGGGCCCUGGCGUGGGGCACAACGAGGAGAAAGCCUGAGCGGCGCAGGGGCCGGGAGGCGGGGCACAGGGCCGGGCGGCCCCAGUGUGGACAGGGAGGUGGUCAGCCCUCGGCGGGCGGAGCUCUCCACCCCUGCUGGCCCUGGGGCUCCGGCCGCUGGAGCAGUCCGCGAGUGGCUGAAAUCCAAGCUGGGGUAACAAAAGGCAGCCGCCGUCCCUAAGCCGGCGCAGCUCUGAUCCGCCCCCCCCCGCCCGUCCGCUGCCACCCGCGGGCCCGCAGCCACUGGCCAGAGAGUGGCGGGUCCAUGCCGCCGGCCGGGCCUCGGGGGGACCUCGGGGGCUGUGAGCACGCGGAGAGCGCCUCGCAGGCCCCUCGCGGGGUGCUGGGCCGGCCCUGAAGAUGCCCACCAACGGCCUGCACCAGGAGCUGAAGGUCCAGUUCGGCCUCGUCAACGACACCGGCCGCUACCUGACGGCCGAGAACUUCGGCUUCAAGGUCAACGCCUCGGCCCCCAGCCUCAAGAGGAAGCAGACGUGGGUGCUGGAGCCUGACCCGGGGCAGGGCUGCGCCGUGCUCUUCCGCAGCAGCCACCUGGGCCGCUACCUGUCCGCCGAGGAGGACGGGCGCGUGGCCUGUGAGGCCGAGCGACCGGGCCGCGACUGCCGCUUCCUGGUGCUGCCGCAGCCCGACGGGCGCUGGGCGCUGCGGUCGGAGCCGCACGGCCGCUUCUUCGGCGGCACCGAGGACCGGCUGUCCUGCUUCGCCACGGCCAUCUCGGCGGCCGAGCUCUGGACCGUGCACCUGGCCACCCACCCGCAGGCGCACCUGCUGAGCGUCAGCCGCCGGCGCUACGUGCACCUGUGCACGCGGGAGGACGAGAUGGCGGCCGACAGCGACAGGCCCUGGGGCGUGGACGCGCUCAUCACGCUCAUCUUCCGGAGCCGGCAGUACUGCCUGCGGUCCUGUGACAGCCGCUACCUGCGCAGCGACGGCCGCCUGGUGCGGGAGCCCGAGCCGCAGGCCCGCUACACACUUGAGUUCAAGGCCGGCAAGCUGGCCUUCAAGGACGCCGACGGCCACUACCUGGCGCCCGUGGGGCCGGCCGGCACACUCAGGGCGGGUCGCAACACGCGGCCGGGCAAGGACGAGCUCUUUGACCUGGAGGAGAGUCACCCGCAGGUGGUGCUGGUGGCCGCCAACCACCGCUAUGUGUCCGUGCGGCAAGGGGUCAAUGUCUCAGCCAACCAGGACGAGGAGCUGCUUCAUGAGACCUUCCUGAUGCAAAUUGACCAGGAGACGAGGAAGUGCACCUUCUAUUCCAGUACCGGGGGCUACUGGACCCUUGUCACCCACGGGGGCAUCCACGCCACAGCCACACAGGUUUCUGCAAACACCAUGUUUGAGGUGGAGUGGCGUGGCCGGCGGGUGGCCCUCAAGGCCAGUAAUGGCCGCUAUGUGUGCAUGAAGAAGAACGGACAGCUGGCGGCCGUCAGCGAUUUUGUGGGUGAGCACUCCUCACCAGUCCCAGGGCCCAGGGCGUCCUCACCGCUGAGCUGGUCCCUCCUCCCGGCCCGGGCGGCCUUGGCAGGGUCCUCCUUGUUGGUCAAGAUCGCUCUGGACGUCAGGGAGAAAUCAGAGCCCCCUAUCUCCACUGCACAUUUGGGGAACCUGGGGCUUAGCGGUAACAGGCCUCUUGCCAAGGUCACACGAGUCAUGGCAAUGGCAGAUGUGGGCCCAGUGUCCAGGCCAGGAAUCUGGGCCCCUUCUGCCCCCAGACCCCUCCCAUCCUACCCACCCCGGGGAGGACGGCGGGCGGGGCCGUGGCGCCUCAGCCCCUCCUCCCCGCCAGGUGAGGACGAGGAGUUCAUUCUCAAGCUCAUCAACCGGCCCAUCCUCGUGCUGCGGGGCCUGGACGGCUUCGUCUGCCACCGCCGGGGCUCCAACCAGCUGGACACCAACCGCUCCGUCUACGACGUCUUCCACCUGAGCUUCAGCGACGGCGCCUACCAGAUCCGAGGCCGCGGCGGCGGGUUCUGGUACACCGGCAGCCACGGCAGCGUGUACAGCGACGGCGAGCGGCCCGAGGACUUCGUCUUCGAGUUCCGCGAGCGCGGCCGCCUGGCCAUCCGCGCCCGGGGCGGCAAGUACCUGCGCGGGGGCGCCUCGGGGCUGCUGCGCGCGGACGCGGACACGCCGGCCGGGGUCGCGCUCUGGGAGUACUGAGCGGGGGCGCGUCCCCCCCAUUAAA